CUUUUAUUGAGAGUUGUAUCUCAUAUUUUUGGUAGAAACUCGUAGAGAUUUUAGCAAAAAUCAAGUGAAAUUGCUUCGAAAAGUCAGAAAUUCAUCACAAUCCCAAGAAAAUACAGACAAUCGGUGCCGAAAAAAUCAACCAAAACUGUUAUGGAUUUAUUAGGUAUUUUCAUAUCUGGAAAAUAGGGAACACCCGGUGGAGGCCACGCACCACCAAUUCUGAACCACGGAAAACCCAUCAGCGAGGACCGAAGAAGAUGAACGGAGUACCAAAGCAGUGAAGGAGGGAGUGACCUAUGAUCGGCGCUGCUGCGACGGAGGCCGCUGCAAUGAAACCAUCACUCCAAUCUAGACCUGAGACCAGGAGAAUCCACGAUGAACCCAGGCUUCACCAAACCAGCUGCCUGGACCACCAUCAGACUUGCGGACCCGCAACUUACCGACCAAGUCUGCACCAACCAAGCUGCCAACGGCGCACAACGGAUGAACUUCGACAUCUCCCUGACGGUGCUGCGCAGCACGGAGGCAGAGCAUGUAGACGAGGAUCUGGUGGAGGUCUGCAACCUACAACCAUCGUUCAAGGUCUCGCCCAGCACUGGAGGUCUGCAAUCCUUCCGCCGUCCGCUCGAGUCCGCCAAUGCUGUUCCAGAACUCGAUUGUCCCUCCUUCGUUGGUUCUGCUCGCUUCCGCCUCUACCUUUGGUCCGAGCAUCUCCUCCUAUCACGCCAAGGUCGUGG